GUUGUCAAGCGCAACCUCUCCAUCAACAAACAUCGACUACUGUAUGGAGGUCAAUGCUCGCUUAGACUUCAGACCCUGCGUCGCCGCCUCACGCCGCUCGCCGAGCCCGUCAUGGCACAUAGUCCGAGCGCCAUGAACCCAAAGAGACAUUCGGACGACUCUUGAGGAUGUUGGGUCUCCCCUGUCGAAGUCAGCAUCGAGUGCCAUACACGAAGGAGGCUCAUCAUGCCUGCUGCAAUAGCAGAUCAAUAUGUGACGGAUCACCUGCCCUCCCCGGACGUGUCCAAGAAAAUCCCCAAGCUCACCCCACGUAGACGUCCGCAGGCCGAGCGAGAGUUAUCAAACCCGCCGCCACCGACACCACUUCUGGCUCCGCCACCAACUGUUGCGGCCGGCUCGUACAAAGUACCAACCCGCCGCAUCCUUUCUGAGCGUGACCAUCAACUGUUCGCCGCUUCCAGCACGCAUGAUCUUAUCGUCAGCUUCGUAUUCAACCUUUCAGACUCCGUGCGGGACCGCACGAUAUCGGACGUCAAAAGCUCUCCCGAAGCCUCCGACCCAGCCAUUGUCGCCCUGCUAGCUGUCUUGGACGAGGCGGAAGAAUGUCUGAAGCAGUCGCCGCCCGUCGACACAGGCUCGAGAUUUGGCAACCCAGCCUUCCGUGACUUCCUAAAACGACUCGAUGGGUCUUUAGUUGGGUGGCACUCAAAGCUCGGUCUGCAGGAUACCGACGCAAUCGCCGAGACCUCUGCCUAUCUAUCUCACGCCUUCGGCAACGGCUCCCGCAUCGACUACGGCUCCGGCCACGAACUCAACUUCAUCCUCUGGCUCCUCUGCCUGCGCCAACUCUCCAUUCUCUCCGACUCAACCUUCCCCGCUCUAACACUCAUUGUCUUCCCACGCUACUUACAGCUCAUCCGCGAAGUCCAAAGCACAUACUACCUCGAGCCCGCCGGUUCCCAUGGAGUCUGGGGGUUGGACGACUACCAAUUCCUGCCGUUCCUCUUUGGCGCCUCUCAACUGCUGAACCACAAACACAUUCGACCACUCAGCAUCCACAACGAGCUGAUCAUCGAAGAGUGCAGCAAGGACUUCUUGUACCUGGAUCAGAUCAAGUGGGUCAACGCCACCAAGACCGUACAAGGUCUGCGAUGGCAUUCCCCCAUGCUCGAUGACAUCUCCUCCGCCAAGUCCUGGGCCAAAGUCGAGGCCGGCAUGCGGCGGAUGUUUCUCGCAGAAGUGCUCGGCAAGUUGCCCGUGGCGCAGCACUUUCUGUUUGGAAGUCUGCUUCCCGCCGCGCCGGGUAUGAGCGAAGACGCUGAGUCGGCGGUCGGCGAGGAGGACGUUGGCGAAGUGGAAGUCACUGUUGAUGGCAUGAAGCAUAAGCAUAACCCUAAUAGUUGGGGUGAUUGCUGUGGGAUUAAGGUACCCUCUGCUGUUGGUGCGAAGCAGGAGGCGCUUAAGCAUGGUCAAGCGAGCGAGUUGCGGAGGGUGCCUUUUGACUGAAAGCUAGAAGAAUCGAGGAUUUUGGAUCGAAUGUGCUUUGAA